AUCGGUUGCUCCUUUGCCUAAUCACUCAAUUCCAGUAACUUUCCUCUCAUCUCUCACAGAAAAAACAUUCCUCUCAUCUCCAAUCAGCAGCUAUCUCCCUUCCUCAUCACCAGCUUGCUGUGAUCUUAUCAGGCCUUUUUGUUGUUCUGCUGGUCUUGCUCGCGUGCAAAGAGAUGCCGGAGCACUCUGAGAAUGCGGCUGCGAACAUUGUGGACAGCAUAGUGGACGCCAUUGCCGACAAUCUUCCCAAGCAGAAGUCAGUCAGAUUUGAAGAUGGCUCAAUCUCUGAUCAAGCUAAGAGACUCUUCGGUGGUCAGAAGUCUGUCCAUCAUGUUUUGGGUGGUGGAAAAUCCGCCGACGUGUUGUUGUGGAGGAACAAGAAGAUAUCUUCAAGUGUUCUUGCAGUUGCAACGGCUGUCUGGGUUUUCUUCGAGUGGCUCGACUACCACUUCCUGACGAUUGCUUGCUUUGUUCUUGUUCUUGGCAUGGUUGUCCAGUUUGCAUGGUCCACUUUUGCAGGCAUGCUAAAUGGGUCACCUUCGAAAGUUCCUCGCGUCGAAUUGCCGGAUGAGCUGUUCGCAAACAUUGGUUCUGCAAUUGGCACCCAAGUGAACAAGUUCUUGGGCACUCUUCAGGAUGUGUCUUGUGGAAGAGACCUGAAGAAUUUUCUCCUGGUGAUUGCCGGGUUCUUCGCGGCCGCUAUCAUUGGGAGCUGGUGCAAUCUCCUCACUGUCAUUUACAUUGGAUUUGUGUGUGCUCACACUCUCCCGGUGCUGUAUGAGAAGAACCAAGAAAAAGUGGACGAGUUCCUGUACAACACACUUGGCCUGCUUCAGAAUCAGUAUCAGAAACUUGACAAGGGUGUCCUGGGCAAGGUGCCCAAAGGGAUCAUCAAGCUUAAGAAGAGCGAUUAGUUUCACUAGCUGCUGCUGCUGCUAAUGCUGCGUACAGUCAAUCAGAAUACUGCGUAAUUUGGACAGAUGUUAGCUUCCCCUGAACAGUUAAUUGUGUACAGUAUUGGAAAACACCGUGUCAGUGAUGCUAGUGGUAUACUCCUAUAUUGUAGGCCAAAUUCAUCAGUGGCAGAUUGUUUCAGCUAGUCUCAUGUGUUUUGCCCAUGAGAGAAAUUGGGAAAAAAAAUAAAAGGUGAUUUGUGAUUCUUUUGUUGUUUC